AUGAAGCUGAAUAUAAGCGAAGGCAUAAGUCAACGGUUGUAUAAGCAUGAUUCUAUUUUAGCGAAAGUUCAAGUUCCACAAGUGAAUCGUUCAGGCUAUGAAAGUCCGUCGAAUGCACAUCCAGAAGAUUACGAUGAAUUCACAGAUCCUACGUUAUUUUUUGAACGGAAUCGGAUAAAACAAUUACAAGAAGAGCGAAUUCACAUACAAAAAAAGACAUUCACCAAAUGGUGUAAUUCGUUUCUAACUAGAGCAAGAAUGGAAAUACUGGAUUUAUUUAUCGAUGUAGGUGAUGGUGUCAUAUUGAUGAAAUUAUUAGAGAUAAUCUCAGGUGAAAAACUUGGGAAGCCGAAUCGUGGAAGAAUGCGAGUACAAAAAAUAGAAAAUUUAAAUACCAGUCUUGAUUUUUUGAAACGGAAACGUAUACAACUAGAAAAUAUUGGUGCUGAAGAUAUUUUGGAUCGAAAUGAACGGCUUAUUCUUGGUCUCAUAUGGACGAUCAUUCUUCGUUUUCAAAUUGAUACAAUAUCCAUUCCUAUGGACGAAGAAUCUGGUGAACGUAAACAUGCAAAAGAAGCAUUAUUGCUUUGGUGUCAACGGAAAACAGCUGGUUAUGCCAACGUUAAGAUUGAAAACUUUACAACUUCGUGGCGUAAUGGUCUUGCAUUCAAUGCUCUUAUCCAUGCUCAUAGAUCGGAUUUAAUAAGAUAUGAGGAACUUUCACCUCAAGAUCCAAUCGGUAACCUGAAUAAUGCUUUUGACAUUGCUGAGAAAAAGUUGGAAAUAACACGCUUGCUUGAUGCGGAGGAUGUAAAUGUAGCACAUCCUGAUGAAAAGUCCAUUAUUACCUAUGUCUCUUUAUAUUACCAUUAUUUUGCCAAGCAGAAAUCUGAAAUGACUGGUGCAAGGAGAGUUGCUAAGAUUGUUGGCAAUUUGAUGUCAUCGGACCAACUUCAAGAAGAUUUUGAGGCUCUUUGUUGCGAUCUUCUUCAAUGGAUUCAACAAACGAUAUUGAUUCUGAAUGCUCGUCGUUUUCCAAAUUCGCUCAAGGGUAUUCAAGAUGAGCUAGUUCGCUUUAAAAACUAUCGAACGCAGGAAAAACCACCAAAAUAUAAGGAAAAAGGUGAUUUGGAAGCACUAUUUUUCACUAUACAGACAAAAAGAAAAGCAAUGGGAAGAAGUCCUUAUUUACCCCCACAAGGUUUACUUAUGCAUGACGUUGAAUCAGCUUGGGGUUUAUUGGAUCAUUCUGAAAAUGACCGACAGUUGGCAUUAACUGUGGAACUUAGACGUCAAGAACGUUUGGAACAUAUGGCUCAUAAAUUUGAAAGAAAGGCUGCUUUACGUGAUUCAUGGUUAAAAGAAAUGAAUAGCGUUUUGCAAGACUUUGAUUUUGGUCGGACAGUUGCUCAGGUUGAAGCAGCACUUAAGAAACAACAAGCUAUCGCUGCUGAUAUUCUUCCACAAGAAGAUAGGUUCAAGUCAUUAUCAUUAAUGGCAAACGAAUUAUCACACGAGAAGUAUCAUGAUUAUGAGCGUAUUAAAAUGCGCGAACGAAACAUACUGGAUAAAUGGUCACAGCUUCUUGCUGCGUUAGCGUCUCGUCGUAAAGCUCUUAUGUCACUGAAUGAUCUCAUGCAGUUGUUGCGAGAUAUUGAUACUUUAUCUUCAGAAAUGAGAUUUUUGGAGACGCAGUUUCUGAAUCGUGAUAUUGGAAAACAUUUGGUUGGUAUAGAGGAUCUUCUUGAAAAGCAAGAGAUUCUGGAAGCCCAGCUGAACUUACAAGGUGAUCUGUUAAAAAAUGUUACGUCUCAAGCUUUGACCUAUAUUCGAGAAAAAGGCGAGCAGUAUGAUGUUCUACAACGUAAGCUGGAUGAUGCUAGCUCAAUUUAUGAAAGUGUGGUCGAUCUCUGUCGCCAGAGACGAAUGGCACUUCACAGAGCACGUGAUCUUUAUCGUUUCAUUCAAGAUCAUGAGGAGGAGGUGAAUUGGUUGAAGGAAAAAGAAGAUUUAUGUUUAUCAGUCUUAAACAAUCGUGAUUUAACUGCAACACCUCAGUUUCGUCGUAUUUUCAAGAACCUAGAAACCGAAAUGCAAGGGCAUUGGCAACGUUCCAAAGGCGUGAUAGCUGCAGGUGAACACCUAUCAUCUGGCCAAAAUAAGGAUGACAUCAAAUCGCGCAUAGUCACUUUGCAAAAUAAAUGGGAGCAACUUCGAAAGACAAUGGAAGUAGUUAGUCGGUGGUUGCGUGAAGCGGAACAAGUUCAUCAAUACUUCCAUGAUGCUAAUGAAGCAGAAAGCUGGAUUCGAGAGAAAAUGCCUUUAGUGAAAAGCGAUGACUAUGGUAGAGAUGAGCAAGCAUCUGAAAGCUUGCUUUUAAGACACACGCGCCUAGAAGAGGAAAUCCACGCAUAUCGGGCGGACAUGAUUCGUUUAGAUGAGGUUGCUGCAGAAUUAGGAAAUGUUGAAUUUGUUGCUGGCAUGGGAGUUCAAGUGGAAGAACAAAUUGAAGAAUUAAUUGUGCCUCAAAUUAGGAUGCUAUUUCCAUUUUUAAGCAAUCAUAUUUCUACUAAAAAGGAUGAGGUUUUGGCGCUAGUUGAAAAAACAAAUAACGAUUGGUGGCGAGUUUUAAAGCAGGAUGGUGUUGAAGGUUAUGUACCUGCCAAUUACUGUCGGGUGAUUGAUGGCGAAACGGUUAGAAUAGCGCAAACAAUCAGAAAGUCUAGACGUGGCUCUCAAGAAUCCAAAAAUGCCAUUAUUCAAAGGCAGGAAACAAUUAGCGCUGAUUAUUGCAAACUUUGUAACCUUGCUCAGAUACGAAGGCGUCUCUUGAGUGAUAUGAUAAAACUAUACAAAUUUUUGCGUGAAUGUGAUCAGUUUGAAAGCUGGGCGAAAGAAACUGAGGGUGCUUUGGCAGAUAAUGCAGCAACUGAAAACGUUCCAGCAUUUCGUAAAAAGUUUGAUAAACUUGAAAGUGAAAUAAAAAGUGGAGGAAAAUCACAAAUAAAGCGUAUCAAUGAUAUAGCAAAUGAUUUAACGAAUGAAGGACACAGCCAUUGCGACGAAAUUCGUCGUCGUCAAGAAGCUGCGAAUCAUCUGUGGAACCGUAUUCAGAAUAUGCAAAAAAUCAAACAGAAGCAAUUGGAAACAGCUGAACGUAUAGCUACUUUCAAUGAGUAUUGUGAAGAAGCUCGUUCAUGGAUGCAAGAUAAAUUCGACUUACUCAAUCAGAAAGUAGAUCCAAGUGAUGCAAAAGCUGUUCAAGCGCUUCAGAAACGUUAUCAGAAUCUAGGCAAAGAUUUGAAGCCACUUGAAGACAAAAUUCAUUACCUUCAGCAGUUGGCUAACGAAGUCAAAAAGGAACAUCCAGGUGAAGCAGCAAAAAUUGAGGCAAUGGUAAAAGAACUUAAUGUGAUGCAUUCCGAAUUGCAGAAGAAGGCAGCAGCUCGUAUAGAAGAGGCAGAGCAGACCCAGGGACAUCAAAUGUUUGACAAUGCUGUUAAGAAUUUGCUAGUUUGGAUAGAAAAAACAAGGAUGGCUCUUGCGGAUAAUACGCGACCUGUUGAUGUCGAUUCAGCAGAGAAUUUGUUGCGAAAACAUUAUAAACUAAAUGAUGAAAUCAUCGGUAAAAAAUAUGAAUUUGGUUAUGUUCGCGAUUUAGGCAGUCGGCUUCUGCUAAAAAGUAUAUCCUUAACAGAUGUGAAAGAUAAAUUAACCAAGUUAGACGAUGCUGAAAAUUCACUAAUAACUCAGUGGAAAGAAAAGGAACGUCGUUUAAAAGAUUCACUUGACGUACAGUUAUUAAAUAGCGAAGCAGAGUAUAUUGAUGCUGCAACAAAAGGUCAUGAAGCUUUCCUAGAGUUCGCAAAUCUCGGAGAUACCGUGGAAACGACUGAAAAUCUUCUUAAACGCCAUUCCGAUUUUGAAGCGAAAUUAGCGGCCCAAGAAGAUCGCUUGAAAGCCUUUUCCAAGAAUGCUGAUAUGUUGAUUCGACGUGGUCAUAGUGAAUCUGCCUUUAUUGAGCAGCGACGUAAUGAUGUUUUGGCUCGGCGUACUGCAGUGCAUGUUGCCGCUGCUAAACGGCGAUCGAAGUUGGAAGCAUCACUGAUUGCUAAGGACGAUUCUCAUAAAGAUAUUGCAUCCCUUGCACUGAAACUCUUGAAACAUUCGGCCUUUGAAGCAGAACUGAGAUCAAAUUCAGCUCGACUUGAUCAACUUAACAAUGAUGGGAAAACUCUCAUCGCGCAACAACAUUACGAAUCUCGUUCAAUUCAACGAUUGUUAGAUCAUCUGAAUACUGAAUGGGAAGAAUUGUGCAGAGCAGCCAAAGCUAAAGGCGAGAAAUUGCGUCAAGCUGAGGAUCAAAAAGGAUUAAAUGUUGUUAUCGAUGAUGCUUAUCUGCGAUUAGAUGAAAUACAAAAUGCGCUUCAGUCAAGGGAUCUUGGUUCCGAUCUGCGUGGUGUUAAGGACCUUAUUCAAAAACAUGCCGUCAUUGAAAAAGAAAUGACAAUGUUUGAAACUAGAAUUACGGAGAUCGUAGAAAAAGCGGAACAUAUGGUAAAGAAUGGUCAUUUCGAUGCUGAUUCUAUCAAAAAAUCGAUCAGUAAUCUCGACGAGCGAUAUAAAUCACUUGAAUUACCUUUGAAAGAGCGUCGGUUUACCUUAGAAGAAAGCUUAAAAUGCCAUAAGCUUGCUUUUGAUAUUGACUGUGAGAUGCACUGGAUUGCCGAAAAGGAACCAAUGGCUGCGUCCGAUGAUACUGGGCGAUCAUUGACAGAGGCCAAAAAUAUGCAAAAAAAACAUGAACAACUAGAAGCUGAAGUAAAUUCUCGACUACCGCAUGUUGAAGCAACUUUAAAACGCGGUGAUAUUUUAAUUAAAGAGAAACAUUAUGCUCAUGAACAGAUCAGUGCAAAGUGUAAACAGUUGUCUGGUGCGUGGGCACAUCUUAGUCAGCUAAUUCGUAGAAGGCAAAGGCUCUUGGAUUGGGCUUUAAAGGAAGAACAAUAUCUAUUUGAUGCAGCGGAGGUAGAAUCAUGGAUGAAUGAAAAACAUGCAACGCUUUGUUCAGAAGACUAUGGUCAGGACGAAGAUGCUGCUCUGAAAUUAUUAACGAAACAUAAAGCAUUGCAAGCUGAUAUGAGCGCAUAUAAAAAAUGGCUGGACAAUUUGGCUGUAAAAUGUGGUGAGCUGAAAAAUUCUCUCAGAUCUAGCAAAGAACGAUUCAUCAAUCGGCAGUUGGAAUUAGAAAAAGAGUUUGAUGCUUUAUCAAAUGCAGCUGAUGACAGACGUCGUCAGCUGGAAAAUGCCGUUCAUCUAUACCAGUAUUUGAGGGAAAGUCACGAUCUUGAGGCUUGGAUUAACGAGCAGUUACAGAUUGCUAUGAGCGAAGACUAUGGACAGGAUUAUGAGCAUCUUAAGGAGUUACAAAGUCGUUUCGAAGAAUUUAAACAGAGUGUGAAAACUGGAAGUGAAAGAUUCGUUCACUGUGAAUCAGCUGCUAAUUCACUGCUUAAACGCAAUCCACCUUUUGCCAGAGAUAUACUAAUGCGUCAAGAGAAACUGAGGGCAGUUUGGACAUUGCUUCUUGAUUAUAUUGAGAGUCGCGAUCAAAAAUUGGAGGCAGCUGAAGAAUUGCAUAGAUUCAACCGAGAUGUCGCAGAAAAUCAGGAACGGAUAGCUGAUAAGCAUGCAGCUAUCCCUUCUGAGCUUGGGAAAGAUAUCAAACAAGUUCAUUCGUUGUGGUUGAAGCAUGAAGCUUUUGAAAAUCAGCUUGGCGCUAUGGAACAACAGCUUCAGGCCUUACUGGAGGAAAGUGCUCGCUUAAAGGAAGCUUAUCCUGGUGGUAAUGCAGAACAUAUUGCCGCGCAACAAACUUCUCUUGCAGAAGCUUGGCAGGAUCUUCAAGAUGCUACAGUUUGUCGUCGGGAUGCUCUGAAGGCCGCUUAUGAUUUGCAACGUUUCUAUGUCAAUGCUAGAGACUUGAUUGCAUGGACAGAGGUGAUUAUAACAGAUAUGCAAAGCGAACAAGCAGUCCAUGAUCUACAAGGUGCUGAAUGGCUUCAAAAAGAGCAUUUCCGUCUUCAGGCAGAAAUCGAGGCUCGUGAGCCAGAAUUUGCUCGACUUGCUCAACGUGGACAGCAGAUGAUUGCGAAAGAACAUUAUGCAAGCUCCGAAAUUGUUGAAAAACUCAAGCAGGUUGAAAAUGCAUUAGGUCGAGUGCGUAAUGAAUGGUCAAUGCGUAGCGAUUGGCUUGCCCAAGUGCGUGAGUGGCAUGCCUUUCAGAGAGAAGCAAAACAAACUCUAGGGGCAAUAGCAGCUAGACAGAGUACUCUUAGGUGCGCAGAGGUCGGAGGUACAGUAGAGGACGUGGAAAAUCAAACCAAAAAGCUGGAAACUUUCCGGAAAGCACUAAAUAUCCUUGAUGACCGCGUUGUAGCUCUUCAAAAGACAGCAAAACAUUUAAUAAGCACUCGUCACAUGGAGUCAGCUAAGAUCGAUCAGUGGACUAGACAAGUUGACGCCAGUCUUGCUCAGCUUUGCGCUGAAAUCAAUGUUCGUGAAGGUAUUCUAACAGAUUCACUCAAGCUUGCUCGUUUCAUUAGCGAUGUGGCCGAAAUGGAAAACUGGAUUAUCGAGAAACAAAAACGAAUCAGUUUAGAAGCAGAUCGUCAAGCGAAAUUAAGUAGUAUCGAAGAUAAAGUUAAGCGGCUGCAAAAGCAUCAAGCGAUGGAAGCCGAAUUGUCAGCGAAUGAACCGCGCGUUCAGCAGAUUCGUUUACAAGCAAAAGAUCUGGCUACUCGACCAACUUCGGAUAGCCAUGAUAUUAAUAAAAAAUGUAAUGAGCUACUCGAUAAAUGGAAUGAAUUGGUGGCUAUGUCUAAAGAUCAGAGUAGUGCUCUUGAAGAAGCCCGUGAUCUUUUAAAUUUCAAUCAACUUGUUGAGCGAGUGUUGCAAUGGGUUAAGGAGAAAGAACUUCUGGUAAAUGCAGCGGCGAUGGGCCGUGAUAUGGAGCACUGUCACUUGUUGCUGGAAAAACUGGAUGGAUCUAAGGCAGACGCAAGUGUGGAUGAGUCGUCGCUUGUUUCUGCAAAUCGUCUUGGUGACAAACUAAUCGCUCAAGGUCGAUCAUCGCAAAAAGUUGUUCAACAGCAAUUACUUGAACUUAAUGAUGCAUGGAAAUCUCUCCAAGGCAAACUUUUGCGUUAUCGGUCGCAAUUGCGUGCUGCAUUAGAAGUACAUGCUUUUAACCGUGAUGUGGAUGAUACAUGUGAUCGAAUUCAAGAAAAACUCGGACUUGUGACUAGCGAUGAUCUAGGGAAGGAUUUACACGGUGUUGAGGCGCUUAUUCGUAAACAGGAAGCAAUUGAACGAGAUAUGGGUGUUAUACAUGAAAAAUUAAGGGUUCAUGAUUCGGAUGCGCAAAAACUUUUGAGUAGGAAUCCUCCUUUACGUGAGGGUAAUCAGUUGAUCGCAUCAGGUGAACUGCAUCGAUUCUUUGAUGCAGUAAGAAAAGCUGAAGCGCGCUCUGUGGAUAUGCUUACUCAAAUAAAUGCUCAUGAAGAACCUGAAUCGGUCGUAAAAGCAGAUUCACUUAUUGCCAAUCACAUCGAAAAGCUUGCAGAAAUCGAUGGUCGUCAGCGUGAAAUGGCAGAAUUACGUGAGUGGGGUACAAAACUUAUUUCCGAGCAACCAGACCAUAAAGGAGAAAUUCAGCGAGUUCUUAAGCGCUUACAGAAUAUUGAGCAUCAAUUAAGACAAGCUUGGGAGGCGAAAAACAAUGCACUUGCUAAGACGCGUCGACGAAAGCUUUUUACAGAUCAGGCUAAUCGUGCAGAGCAGUGGCUUACAUCUAAAGAGGCAUUUUUAAAUCAGGCUGAUCUGGGAGAAAGCGUUGAUGCCGUUGACAUUCUUCUUAAAAGUCAUAAUGAUUUUGAAAAAACGCUUGUUGCUCAGAGCGAUAAAAUCGAUGUCUUAAGGAAUAGCGCAGAGGAACUUAUGCAAAAUGAUAUUGAAAAUCGUGAUGAAAUUGAAAAGCGACGGGAUAAUGUCGUUGCUCGACACGCUGUACUCUUGGAUUCUUGUAAACGUCGACAUGCUCUUCUUAUCGAAUCUCGUAAAUUGCAUGAAUUUAUCGACAGCUGCGGCGAACUUAUGACUUGGAUCAGUGCAAAUAUACAACUUGCUUACGAUGAAAGCUUUCUCGAUCAGACCAAUUUACGAGCGAAAUUGCAAAAACAUUUGGUGUUCGAUGCGGAACUCGAUGCUAAUGAAGGGCGUAUUAAAACAAUAGUUGAUGUCGGUGAAAAGUUGAUUAAUGAGCAGCAUUAUGCAUCAGAUCGCAUUGCUUUGCAAAUUAGUGAAAUCAAAGGCGGUUGGAAGGAAUUGAGAAGAAAAUCAGCUUUGAAGAAACGUCGACUUUGUGAAGCCAGUGAGGCAUAUCAGUUGAACCGACGUAUUGAAGAUUUGGAACGAUGGCUGGAAAGAGUAGAAAAUGAUCUUUCAAGUGAAGAUCAUGGUAAAGAUUACAUUUCGGUGCAAAUGUUGAUUAAAAAACAUGAUGAUCUGGCCGCUGAAAUUGAAUCGAGACGCGAUAGCGUAAUCGAAAUUGUGGAAAAGGCGCGAGAAUUCGAAAAACAAGGUUACGCGGCUGCUCAAGAUUCCGUUCAAAUGGCAAAGACAGUAGAAAUGCGUUAUAAUAGUCUGAAAAAACCUUGCCAAAUCAGAAGAGAUAAUCUUCGCGAUGCUUUUGCCUUCUAUAAGUGGAACUCAGAAGCUGAAGAGCAAAUCGAAUGGCUGGGAGAUAAACUUAGGCAAUUAAAAAGCACCGAUUAUGGUGAUACACUGCAUGCUGUUCAAUCCCUGACUAAGAAACACUCACAUUUGGAAGAGGAAGUUAACACUCGACAGUUAUCAUUAUCUGAUGUUGAACGACAAGGUUUGGAAAUGGUGAAAUCCUAUCAUUUCGCAUCCGAAGAUAUUGAAAAAAAAGUUGAUGAAUUAUCUUCACUGGUUCUAUGUGUAAAGCAGCUUAUACAAGAACGAACACUGAAAUUGGCGGACUCUUUGAAAAGCCAGCAGUAUUAUGCGGAAGCAAGUGAAGCAGAGCAGUGGAUGCGUGAACGUCUUCCACUUAUUUCAAACCAAGAUACUGGUCGCGACCAAGCGGCUGCUGAUGCGCAUCUUAGGAGGCAUGCAAUUCUUGAAAGUGAUAUUGAGAAUUUUUAUGCAGAAAUUGACAGGCUAAGCAAAAACACUGGAGAAAUGAUUGGUAAUGGCCAUUUCGAUGCGGCGAAUUUAACAGCAAAGCAAGUUAAACUGCGACAGUUAUAUGAUGAGCUUCGAACCAGAUGUGCUCAAAGGCGCAUUCAAAUUGUGAAUGUUAGCCGAUACUGCGGUUUUGUUCGCCAAAUUGACGAUCUCUAUCACUGGUUGAAUGAACGAUUAGAAAUUACUAAGCAGGAAAACUAUGGUCGGGAUCUGGAAGAAUGCCAGAAAUUAGUAGCUGAUUUUGAUCAAGUGGUUCGGGAACUGGCGUCAGCUGGUGAAAGGGUAGCAACGGUCCAGAGAACACAGGAAGAACUACUUCGAAGUGGUCAUCCAUUUGGAGCUUCAAUUCGAGCAAAAGGCACAGAUUUACAGCAGCUCUGGUCAUUGGUUAAUGACGCAGCUAAUGAAAGACAUUUGGCUUUACAAGGAGCCAUACAAGUGCAUAAAUUCGAUCAAGAUGCUGACGAGACAUUGGGCUGGUUGGAAGAGAAAGAAGCGUUACAGGUUGCAAUGGAAUCAGAAAAUCUCGAUAGAGCAGAUAUUCCUACUUUGAAGCAGCUUAUGCUGAAACAUGACGAAUUUGUUCAUGGUGUACUUGCAGUCGAAAAGCAGGUUAAUGAUUUAUGCAAAGAAGCAGAGCGUCUAAUUUCUCUUUAUCCUGAUACCAGACAACAUUUGGAAGUUAGGCGCAUGGAAAUGGAAGAGCAAUUGAAGGAUGUCAUGAAUGCAUCUAAGAAAACCCUAGAGAAACUGCAGCAGAUGCAGAAUUUGCAGUCUUAUUUUCAGGAGCAACGGGAUCUUAUAGCGUGGAUAAAAAAACUUCAGUUAUCGAUUACAAGCGAAACUUUACCAAAUGACGUGGACAGUUGUCAUGCACUUAUGAGCCGUCACAUGGAAUACAACUCUGAAAUUGUUGGUCGCCAACCUACAGUGGAUGAAUUUAUCAGAAAAGGGCGAAGUAUGAUCUCGACUCAACAUGUUUUGUCGUAUGAGAUCUCUUCUAAGAUCAAACAACUUAUAUCUUCUUUCGAUUUGCUAAACGAGAUUUGGAAAGAUAGACUCACUCUAUAUGAGGAAAAUUUGGAUGUGCAACAGUGGAAACGCGAUGCUAACGUGUUAGAUUCGUGGUUGAAUGAGAAAGAGAAUUUGCUGAAUGAAGAAUGGAGAAAAGUAGAUAGUGUUGAUGAUGCUGAUAAUAAAAUCAGAAACUUUGAUGACUUCCUGAUAACAUUGGAUGCGCAAGAGGAAAAAUUCGAUGCACUUAGAAGACUCACGUUACUUGAAAAAGCUUAUUCACAACAACGAAAAAAGGAAGCUGAAAGAAUUCGUGUUGAUGAUAACAGAAUUGAUCCAAAGAAAGAGACCAUCAAGACAUUUGAAAAACAGAACAAACUACAAGAUCGACGAAAGGAACGUGAACGACGCAUGACGCAAGAAGUUUCAUUGCUGAAACCAAGUCCAUCGUUUACUGAAGCACAGAUGCAAUGUGCAUCUCGCACAUUACCUCAUCCUCGGCGUGGUACAGAACCAGUACCUCCAGCUCGUAAUACUUCUUUCGAAUCCAAGGAAACCAUAAAUAUUGGAACACUGGAUUCAUCAACAGCAGAUCUUGAUAAAGCGCAUUCACAUGCUUCAUUAUCUAUAGUUAGAAAUGAUGUUACACCUCUGUCAUUACAACGAGUCAGAUCGGCUAGAAAAACACCUUCAUUUACAACAAGACGGUCACAUCCCAUGAAAAACGUCGAAUGGAAGGAUUAUGGAAGUAUAGAUAUGCAUGGUCACUUGGAUCGAAAGCAGAGCUUGCAAAGUGGAGGUAAAAGGGCAACGAUACGAACGUGGAAGCGCUAUUACACAAUUUUAUGUGGACAACUCUUAUGUUUCUUCAAAGAUGAGGAAUCAUUUAUGACAAAUUCAGCAGCAUCUGCACCUAUAAAUAUUCUUAAUGCUGAUUGUAGUGCUUAUCCAGAAUAUAUGAAAAAGAAAAAUGCGUUUAGACUGAAGAUCCAAGAUGGCUCAGAAUAUCUUUUCUCAUGUUCUGAUGAAAAAUUGAUGCUGGAAUGGGUGGCGAAAAUCAAAUUUCAUGCAUCGUUGACACCAUCUCAGCAGCUUCGUAGCUUUGAUAUGGGCGAGGCUCCACCAACUCAUGCUCCACCUCCUCGACCGAAUGAUUCUCUUCGGCGUCAUACAACUGAAGUUGGCUCCUCGGAACAACGAACAUUGCAUUAUUCCGAAAAUGAAAUAGAAAUAAAUGGAGCGGCAGACCGAGAUUCGGGAUCAAUAGGUUCUUCAGGUCAUGCAGUUUCACACAGCAAAGUAGAGGAUAAUGAUUUUGUUGCUUGGGUUGAAUCCCACGACUAUUCACGUAUUUCUUCAGCCACACCGCCUCUACCACCUGCGCACAAUGACGAUACAGAGUCCGUAAAAAGUAAACUCAUUUUUCUCGAAUUUUUCAAAUUUUUCGAAAACUGA